AUGCAGAAGCGGCAUCUGGAGUUGACUGCUAGGCGUGCAGAGGCACUUGCUCUUGGUGGUCCUAGGGAUGGUGGUGAUGGUGGUGGGGGGAGAGGGGCGCUGGGGUAUAGGGCGUGGGAGGUUUGCGCGUGGGACGAGGAGGACGAGGAGGAUGAGGAGGAGGACAAUGGGGGGGACGAUGGGGAGGAGGAGGAAGAAGAGGAGGGGUGUGUGGGGCGCAUUGAGGGAGGUGGAGGCGAAGGAGAGGGUGGGGGAAUGGGAGGUGAAGGAGGAGAGUGGGAGCAGUUGGAGUAUGGGGAGGGAGAUGAAGGGGAGGAUGAGGAGGAUGAUACUGAGGAGGAAGUGGAGCUGGAAGAGGAGGAAGAGGAUUGA